UAAGAUUAAAAAGUUUAUUCGAACAAAGGUAUAUACAGGAUAUGGAUUACUGUUCCCAAAUUGUUGCAUUCCGUGUGAGAUCUGAGCGAGUGGUAGCUAGAUGCCUAGAUUCCACUUUCCAUAACAUAAUAUCCAUCUUUCUGUGCCGUGUCCAUAUAUACAAACCUUUAUAUAUUUAUAUUCUUAUAAUUAGUUUCUUUCCUCUUCACAGUUCUUUCAGAGUAGCUUAUGUCUAAAAGACAAAGGCCCAACAUUAUAUUCCUCACUAUUCAUCCAUACCCUUGGUCUCUACAAUCAUCACUCCAAUCGGUCCAUUCCCUUACGCUAAUAUUUUCCCGGAAAAUUCUCUGACAAAAUCAAACACCACCCCCUACAUGCUCAAUUUCUUUGAUUCUCUCAAAGCUCGAAACUUUUGCGCAUAACUCCAAAUGGGUCUCAAAGGUUUCGUGGAAGGAGGCAUUGCUUCCGUCGUUGCAGGAUGCUCCACCCACCCUCUCGACCUCAUCAAGGUCCGAAUGCAGCUCCAGGGCGAGACCACCCAACCCGCCCUCGCCUUACACUCUACCUCCACCCACGCGCCGCCGCAUCCUCCCGCUCCCAAAGCCGGUCCAAUUGCCGUCGGCAUCAAGCUUGUGCAACAAGAAGGCGUCGUCGCCCUUUACUCAGGAGUAUCCGCCACCGUCCUCCGGCAGCUCCUCUACUCCACCACCCGCAUGGGCCUCUACGAUAUGUUCAAGAAUAAGUGGUCCGAUCCCAAUGCCGGCGGCAGCAUGUCACUAUCACGGAAGAUCGCGGCGGGGCUGAUUGCCGGCGGAAUCGGCGCUGCGGUUGGAAACCCCGCUGACGUGGCAAUGGUCCGCAUGCAAGCUGACGGAAGGCUCCCGCCCGCCCAACGACGGAACUAUAAUUCCGUGUUGGAUGCCAUCACAAGGAUGGUUAAGAAUGAGGGUGUCACUAGUCUCUGGCGCGGUUCAUCAUUAACGGUGAAUCGCGCAAUGCUGGUGACAGCCUCACAAUUGGCCUCCUACGACGAGUUCAAGGAGAUGAUACUGAAAAAGGGAUUGAUGCGUGAUGGGCUUGGGACCCACGUAACGGCGAGUUUUGCGGCGGGUUUCGUGGCAUCCGUGACCUCAAACCCCGUGGACGUGAUCAAGACUAGGGUGAUGAACAUGAAGGUGGAGCCAGGGGCGGAGCCGCCGUAUUCCGGAGCGUUGGAUUGCGCCAUGAAGACGGUGCGCGCGGAGGGGCCUAUGGCCCUAUACAAAGGAUUCAUUCCUACGAUUACGAGGCAGGGACCCUUCACGGUUGUGCUGUUCGUCACGUUGGAACAAGUUCGAAAGUUGCUGAAAAAUUUUUGAGGUGUACCGUGGUGUCCAAGAACAAGCGAUCCACACAAGAUUUUUGUUUUUAAGACAAAUUUUGUUUAGUCUUAAGAUAGAAUGUGUGUUAUUUAAUUUCUUCCUGUUAUGAUCCUUUAAUUUAGGCCAUGUUGAUUAUGUUGAAGCUAAGGUGCGAGAAAAAGACAUAUGGCGUGAUGAACUUUUGUUUGUUCUAGAAGAAAGAGCAAUAAUAACUUGGAUGUUAGUAUAGAUGAGA